AUGGUAUACACGAUGCGGUCUAAGGUUCUCUUACUUCUGCUACUUUGCUUCUGCUUUGAAGCAUGUGUGGGCAAUAUCAUACACAGGCAGGAUAGGCCUACAAAUCCACCAACAACGGAUUCGCCUAGCGCGACCACAUCGUCGAAUCAACCAGAACAAACAGAAAGCAGUCAAACAGAGAGCAGUGGAAGAGAUGGCAAGGAAAGCAUCUCAAUAGAUCGCUCCAAAUCAACAUUUGCAACUUUGACCCCAACUGCGAACUCGACUUCUUCAUCUACCUCGGCCACAGCUACCUCAGCUGCUACCACUGCGGUGAUCUCGAAUAUCAAUGGAGCUUCUCCAACAAGUUCACUCAACCCUUCGACCUAUAAUUCUACGCUCACGCCCAACAAGUUGCCUCUCACGCCUGAGGUCACUCCAGCUUUUGGAGUUGCUGGAGUUAUCUUGAUGCUUAGCGGUGUAGUCUACACGCUGAUUGGGAUGAAGAAUACCUUUCUCCAUGUUUACCUUUCGGCCGCAUAUCUCUCGAGCUUGGCAGUCACAGUACUCAUUCUUUAUGUGAUGAAUCCACCAGUCAGCGAUGCAAUUCAAGGAGCAUAUCUUGUGGCCAUAGUCAUGACAGGGCUGAUUCUUGGUGGAGCCGCUAUUGUGUUUACAGAGAUGACCGAGGGGCUGGGCUCUCUUCUUGGAGGAUUCUGUUUCAGCAUGUGGCUUCUGGUCUUGAAGCCGGGCGGACUUCUCACUUCAACGAGCAGCAAGGCCAUCUUCAUCGCAGCUUUCACUGUUGCAGCUUUUUCCACGUCAUUCAGCCAUUAUACACGACCAUAUGGAGUGAUUGGAGGAAUCUCGUUCGGUGGAGCUACUGCAGUUGUGAUUGGUAUUGAUUGCUUUAGUCGAGCUGGCUUGAAAGAGUUCUGGGCCUACCUCUGGGAUCUUAAUUCUAAUCUUUUCCCCCUUGGAGCUACCACAUACCCACUCACCAGAGGGAUGAAGGUCGAAAUUGCCGCCAUCAUCAUCAUCUUCCUCGCUGGAAUCGUUUCCCAGAUGAAGCUCUGGAAGGUUAUCAAGGAGCGUCGUGAACAACGAGCCUCUGAACGAUUACAAGAUGAGCGAACUAUGGAACAGGAGGAAGAAAACGUCGGACGACGGGUCGAGCAUGCCACAGCAGAGGACCGCAGUCAAUGGGAAGCUGUCUAUGGCAACAAGGAAGGAGAGAAAGCAGUUGGCCGAUCCAUUCGGGACUCUGGAGUCGGUGACAUGGAUAGUCAAAAGAAGGGUCCAAGAAGCGAAGUCACGUCCGUGAGGAGAUCCGAUGAAGAGAUUGAGAUGUCUGAUAUGCCUACACCCGCGCCACCCGGGCUCGUUAUGCCAAGCCAAGGCCAGGAAGGCGGGCAGAUUACCGUACGGGUGGCUCGAGAUCCGGAAACUCCCCAAUUACUGGACGAGAAUGGCAAUCCCAUCGAUUCGGAUCCCAAUGGACGAAGUUACUCGUCGGUCCCAGGUUCGACACAAAUGAGCCUUGAUUCAGAUAAGAUAUGGGUGGUUGGUGCUGACGGCGAAGCCCGACUCGAAAGGCGACCAUCUAAGCGAGAUUCAAAACGUGUGUCAGGUUCUGUGGCACCAGAGGUCGUACCUUUACCAUUCAAGGUCCCCGAGGGUGACGUCGAGGAUGACCGGUCAUCAGUUGCUACAUUCGCCGAUGAUGAAGAGGGGUUUCAAAAGAGACGAUCAAAGCAUUUGUCGGUCGGUUCUAUGCUCAUGCGAAAACUUUCUGGAAAGUCGGCCAAAUCGGCCAAAUCAAACAGGAACUCGAAGAGUUUUACUUCAGGGGAAGGUAUGAGUACGGAUGAUUUAGUGAUUCCUCGUGGAAUUGAAGAUGACAGGGCAAGUUCCAUUGCAGCUACCAUGGAUGGUUUGAGCGAUGAUGAUAUGAGAAGUGUUCGAUCGUCAUUUGACAAUGGGCCAGAUACGACUGAUUCUGCUCGACUAGAGGAUUCGCCAGUACUAUCUCCAGCCGAAGACGAGACACCCGUUAUGAAAGAUCAGGGGCUAGCCACGCCAGAAGACAAGAGUACAACGAGACCAGUUUCAGCAGCGACAGUAGCUACUGACAUUUUGGAGCCAGCGACAGGGCCGCAAGAGAUUUCAGAGGAUCAAAUUGCGGCAAAACGAAGGUCGUUGACAUCGAGCACUAAUCCAAAACCAGAUCCUCAGUCAGUCCCUGACAAGGAGCUGGACAAUAUCGAGAAACCAGCCGUGGUACCUUCCGUAAUCUCUGCUGUCGAGUCGAAGCCGGCAAGCAUCACAAAGGAUAGACUUCCCCCGCAACUCUCUAAGGUUGUCAUGUCAUACCGGACCAACGAGUGGGCGAAACAUCUCAGUAGUGCUGAUGCACCUGAGAUGGACGAGUUGAAACUGGCAGAAUAUCCUGUUGAAGAAGAGACAAAGGCGGAGCUGGCUGCACCAGUGAAUGUUGAAGAACUUCAGCAGACCGCGGAAAUUGCGGUACCUCGCCCUGCAUCAAGAUCUGCAUCUCAAAUGUCCAACUACGGCCCACCAGUUUUGACGAGGUCAACAUCCUCACUAUCGAGAGCGCCACCGCAAGUUGGACCUCCGCGAGACAAUCAUUUCCCACCACAGACACAAGACAAUAAUCUCAAUCGUAGCGCCUCGCAAUUGUCACUCAAGUCGCAAAAUGUCCCUAGAGGAUUCCGUUCGCCCUCAGGAGCUCUCAUUCCUGAGCAGAUUGUCGAGUCCCCAAUCGAAGAGGACCUCCCUUCACGCUCUCCUGGCAUGCAGUCAAAUGGCAAAUUUCAAAAUGCCAUUCCAUUCGGACCAUCAACCACCCUCCUUGGGAAGCGGGAUUCAAUGUUGAGAAACAAGACCUCAUACUCCGCUAAUCAUGCUGCGCUCGCAUCAACUCCCGAGUUCCCCCCGACUACUCAGUCUGCAUCCCGCGCCACUAGUGAAGCUGGGUCCCUAUACAACUACCCCAACAGUAAUGCCAUCGUUGAUGAUGACGAGAUGCCUUUGUCCGUCCGAAGAAAUAUGAUACGGCGGUCAUCUAUCCAAGCCGAGCAACCUCCCGCCCAACCCGUGCUCUAUGAUUCCCACCAACCGAAACGACAGUCCUCGGCUCCUCACCCAAUGGUUAGAGAACAGCAACUCGCGUCUUGGAGAGCCAGCGUGCAGCAGGAUUUGAAGAGUACGGUGGUUCCAAAGAACACGAUUGAGCGGUCAAGAAGCGCUUUGUGGCAGGAGAGACAAGCCGAAGAGCAGAAGAGGAUGAUGGAGGAGAGGAAGAAGGGCGAGCGGGAUAGCAAGUUCGACGAGAGGAUGCGAAGAGGCGAUAUGCUGGAUGCUCAUCGCGAAGCGUUACGAAGGAUGCAGGCCAGUGCAAACAAGCAUGCUUAG